GAGCUUUUUGUUCAGUAUUUGGCUUCAUACUCCUACAAACAUGGCAGAGGCAAGGAGAAGAAUGCUCUGACUUACAGUGACCUGUCUCAUACUGCAGAAGAGUGUGAGACCUUUCAGUUCCUCGCAGAUAUCUUGCCAAAGAAGAUCCUAGCUAGCAAGUACCUAAAAAUGCUUGAAAAAGAGAAGCGGGAUGGAGAGGUGGGGGAGGAUGACGAGGAAGAGGAUGAAGACGAAACUGUCAAUGAAGAUGUUGGAUCUUAA